UGCUUCUAUUUUGAUAUGCUUUCGUCUAAAUGUAGGCGGAAAUUGAGUCACUUGAAGUUGCUCACGGAACGCUGCAUUUAAAAUAGUCUAUAGACAUUCUAUAAUACUCCAACGACAAGUAUCAAAAGCUCUAUGAAAAAUAUCCAUGCCGUUUGUAGUAGCUAGCUAGAUGGCAUAUGUACCGAUUUGUAAGCAAAACAACAAGCUGCGUGAAGAUUAGAUCUAGGCACAUGUUAGAUUCUGCAAGGGGGAGGUUAACAGCAUCAUAACACAAGCAAAGCGUUCACUUCAGCUUGUUAACCAACAUCUGGACUACCUCAUUAUUGAUAGCAACGCUACUAGUCAUGGAAAUAGACUCCUCACUCCUCAGUUCUGAGUUAUCUCAGAAGCAGGAAGAAGAGCUGUAUCAGCAGCUGUUAAUGCAGACAAUGGGAAAAAUGCAGGGCAGUGGAGCUUCAGAUUCCAAGACCAUCCGUCCUCAGCCUGGACUCUGUGCCAAGACCUUUACUCUACCAGAUCAGGAGAAAGUCUUCCUGAACAUAUGCAACUCUCCGCAAGUGCCGCUCCCUCCCCCACUUUCCCAAGAAGCACUCGUAGAGCUGCUGGAGUCAGAUGACCCUUCAGGGUACAGAGUUCCCAUGAGCCUCGGCGAGCCUCACACAGAGCUGGACAACAACAAGCAGGCCUGCACUGUCUAUGAUGUGGUGGUCAACGAUGAGUUCUUUCAGAAGUGUCAGAACGAUGAGCUGUUCCAGCAGUUCCUUCUGGCCGUCUCCCUGGAGGGACUGGAGAACAAGUACAACGUUAAGUUGAGCAGAGACUGGAAAAUUCUCAAGAACAGGAAAGUCCUGGGAUCCAUAAUGGAGCAAAACAUUCGUACAAAAAGCAAACCAAUUAUACAGGAGUUGGACUCAAAACAGACAAGUUCAGCUCCUGCAUCCCUCAAAAGCCCUGACCUGUGUCUGCAAGUGGAGCCUGCUACUGGGGACCCUCACUACCUCAUUGCAGAGGUCCAUCUGCCUGGGGUGACAUCAGCGCGAUCCCUCGUGCUGGACCUCGGGGAGGACAGGCUGGUGUUGUCGGCUCGACCCUCACUCUUUCACCUUGACUGUUUCUUCCCACACCUCAUUAACCAGGAAAGCAGCGUGGCUCAGUACAACAGCAGCACACAGAUCUUAACGGUGACUAUGCCAGUGAUGGCCUGAAGGGGAGCCUCAAGAGUUUAUUUAUGUAUCUCAAUAAAGUGAUCAGUUUUUGUACCAUG